UUUCUUUCUAAACUCAUGAACAUGAGAGGAGAAAACAGAGAAGAAGAAGCUCAAACUUCCCAGAAACAUGGUGGUUGGAUCACCUUCCCCUUCAUCAUAGGUUCUUUUGCUUGCAUGACAUUGGCCACUGGAGGAUGGCUAGCAAAUUUGAUAGUAUAUUUGAUUAAUGAAUACAACAUCGAUAGUAUUGAUGCUACUUUGAUUUUCAACGUUGUUAGUGGCUGUCUUUGUGUUUUUCCUGUUCUUGGAGCUGUUCUUGCUGACUCUUUCUUUGGAUCUUUCUCUGUCAUUGCCAUUUCCUCUUUCAUUUCUCUUCUGGGCAUGAUUUCGCUUACACUAACAGCAACAAUCCAUUCUCUAAGGCCACAACCACCAUGUGAUCAUAAUGGCUCAAUCACAUGUUCUUCAUCCCCUUCAAAACUCCAAUACACAAUUUUAUACUCAAGCAUUGUCCUAGCAUGUCUUGGAUCUGGAGGCUCUCGUUUCACUGCAGCAACUUUUGGAGCAAAUCAAUAUGAUACAAUUAAAGAUCAAAACAUUUUCUUUAAUUGGUUUUUUGUGACUCUGUAUGCUGGAUUUCUUGCCAGUUCCACGGCCAUUGUCUAUAUUCAAGACAAUGUUAGCUGGGGUUGGGGCUUUGGCAUCGGCCUCGCCGCCAAUGUCAUUGCCCUAGCUAUUUUCUUCCUCGGAAAUCGCUUCUAUCGUCUUGAUAAGCCGAGAGGAAGCCCCUUCACUGCACUCACUCGAGUUCUUGUUGCUACGGCUCGGAAAAGGCUGGCUCGGGUGCCGUCCACGGCAGGGAAUGAUGAUGGUUGUUACUAUUAUGGUGAGGACCAUCAUCUGGGGAAGCUAGUUGUGGAUGGAGAGUUGACUGAGAGUUUUAGGUGUUUGAAUCGUGCGGCUCUAAUAACACAAGGAGAUGUCCAUUUGGAUGGAACCAUAGCAAAACCUUGGAGGCUUUGUAAAGUACAAGAAGUAGAAGACUUCAAAACUUUACUUAAAAUCUUCCCUCUUUGGUCAACCAGCAUUUUCCUCUCAGUUCCCAUUGCAAUCCAAGGAAGCUUAACCAUCCUCCAAGCCCUAACCAUGGACCGUCACCUCGGCCCGAACUUUAAAAUCCCCGCAGGGUCUUUCUCUGUCAUCAUCUUCAUCUCCACCACCAUCUCACUAACCUUAAUCGAUCGGUUCGUCUACCCGAUCUGGCAGAAGAUGAUCGGACGAAUGCCACGACCUCUCGAACGAGUCGGUCUUGGCCAUGUCCUCAAUUUUCUUUCUAUGGUAGUGUCAGCAUUAGUAGAAUCAAAGAGGCUCAAGAUUGCCCAUGCUCACCACCUUCAAGGCCAAGUUGUGGCAGUAUUGCCAAUAUCAGCCUUGUGGCUUUUUCCACAGCUAGUUUUGGUUGGCAUUGGAGAAGCUUUUCAUUUCCCUGGACAAGUUGGAUUGUACUAUCAAGAAUUUCCCACGUCAUUGCGCAGCACUGCAACAGCGAUGAUCUCACUCGUGAUUGCCGUUGCGUAUUAUCUUAGCACGGGUUUGAUCGAUCUCCUUCAUAGGAUUACAAAAUGGUUGCCAGAUGAUAUCAAUCAAGGCAGACUUGAUAAUGUUUAUUGGAUGGUAUCCGUGAUUGGAGUGAUUAAUUUUGGGUACUAUUUAGUGUGUGCUAGGUGCUACAAGUAUCAAAAUGUUGAAAAUGAUGUGAAAGAUAAUUCUAUAACCCAAGGUUGAGAGCUCAUGUUAGUGCCGAAAAAAAAGGAGAUCAAAGUUCAAGUUUGUAAGAAACUAGUAGAUUACCU